UACGCAUAGUCAUAGUCAUACUCGUCUCUAAAAUGGAAGCCAAAUUUGUUUUUGACAAUGCAAAAAAAGAACUCUCUUCAGGGGGAGAAAAUCGAUCAAGCCCCAUUGGAGGACUGGGAAGAUACAUGUUUGAUCAUAUAAAGAAACAUGCAGAAAGUGACUCAAUUGCACAGAUCGAAGGAGAAACUGGGAUGCAAGAAACAUAUCAAGUUUUCUUCUCAAAAUGUGUAAAACUUGCUCUGUUCAUGAGGGAUCAAGGCCUUCAACCAGGCGACAUCAUCUCAAUGUGUUCCCAAAACACAAUGAAUAAUUCCGCUGUGUUUAUUGCUUCCUUAUUCACUGGUUUGGUUACUGCUUCGACUGAUCCACUAAUUUCUGUAGAAGAUACAAAAUAUCUAUUGGAUAUGGUCAAACCAAAAAUGAUUUUUGUUUGUGAGAACUCUACAGAUUUAAUUACGAAAGCACUCGGAGAAAAUAACACAAGAAUAAUCGCUUUGUACAAACAUAAAUCUUUAAUAGAUUUGCCAGGAAUUUUUGAAUUAUAUAAUGAUGAUGAUAUUAAAUCUUUUGUACCGGUUCAUAUUGAUAACACGAGAAUAACCGCUUGCAUUAUGUUCAGCAGUGGUACAACCGGAUUACCGAAAGGGACUUGUUUGAGUCAUGACCAUCUAUAUGCUGACAUGGCUGCUCCGCUUGCUUCAAAUGGUUCAAUAUUAUGUGGAUUCACUACCUUGUAUUGGUAUUCCGGAGUAUAUUUCAGCCUAACUACAUUCUCCAAAGGAAUGAUAAAACUCAAUUACAGGCAAUUUUCAGCGGAAAAUAUUUGGAAUGAUCUUAAUAAGCACAAAGUUAACAUUCUUUAUAUGUCGUAUGCUCAUACUAUGGACAGUGUACAACAUUUGAAAAUACCAAUGCCGCACUUGAAAUGCCUGCUGAUAGUCGGUGGUAUGAUCGCUGUCAAGUACCACAAGGAAUUUAAAACUAAACUUCCUCACUUGUUGGUUGGGGGAGGUUAUGGUAUGACAGAAAUAGGUUAUGUUACGAAAAAUGAUGGAAGUUGCUCACCGGAGAGUGUUGGGUUGCUUGCCGCUAAAAACCUCAUUUUAAGAGUUGUUGAUCCAGAUUUAGAAACUCCUCUGGAUCUUAACACCGUCGGAGAAAUUCGUGUCAAAAGUAAAAAUCAAAUGAACGGAUACUACAAUCAAGACUCCAAAGAUUGUUGGGAUGCUGAUGGUUUUUUCAAAACCGGAGAUCUUGGAUAUUUAGAUGAUAAAUAUCAAGUCUAUAUUGUGGAUCGUAUUAAGGAAAUGUUUAAAUAUCGCAGUUGGCACGUGUUACCGGCUAAAAUCGAAAAAGUUUUGAGAGAACAUCCAGCUGUUUUGCAUGGAAUCGUUAUUGGUGUACCAACAAAAGAUCAUGAAAAUCAUGCUAUGGGUUUCGUAGUAUUGAGAGAUGGAUUUUCUGUAUCAAGUGAAGAAUUGGUCAAAUUCGUCAAUAAUAAAGUGGAUGACAUUCAUCAACUUCGUGCUGGAGUUAAGUUUAUCACUGAAAAUGAGAUUCCAUUCACUGUUACCGGUAAAAUAAGUCGUCUUAAAUUGAAAAAAAUGUACUCUGAAUAAUAUUUCAAUUAAAAUAUACCUAAUUGGUAUUUAGUAUUGGCGAAUGUUAUCUUAAACUUUUAUCUCUCAUUAGUAUUUUGCUAAGUUUUAGUAAAAAAUAAUACCAAAACUUGUUUGCUUCAAAAAUAUUUGCACAUGUACUUAAUCUAAAUAUUUUGUACAAAUAUUCUAAUGAUAUACUAGCUAAUUAUUA